AUGGCCAUCCCAGCUGUGGCCGUCGGGCUGAGGGCUCCCUUGCAUUCCGAGGGGGGUCCCUCUGUAGGCCCUCUACGGCAUACAUUUAGCCAUGCGGAGGCGAGGGAUGGUCCCCAUGCUUCGCGGGGCGUAGAUGCAUCUCGUGAUGCUUCGCACGAGGCGAACUGCCGCCGCUGCUCCAAUUGCAGCUGCGGCGCAGGUGCUGCGGGGGGCCGGGCGCCUUCUUGGAAGCCUUUGUUCGAGGUGUCUGCUGCUGACGCGUCUAUCGUUGCUUCUGUAGCAGCUUUGUUGCAGCACCUGGGUAUGCAAAACAGAUCUGAAGGGUGUGGGGCGCCUUGCUUUCUCAGUGCCACGGAGCCAAUGAUCAGCAUGCCGGACUACUUAGAGCGUUUGGCUCGUUUUUUUCAGUGCAGUGGGGAGUGUUUUGUGCUGGCCUUGGUUUAUAUUGACAGGCUACUCCAGAUGAACAGCAACGUGUGGCUGUGUCCUCUCAACUUGCACCGUCUGGCGGUUACAGCCCUGAUGGUUGCUGUAAAAUUUGCAGACGACACAUUCUACUCUAACGCAUACUAUGCGAAGGUCGGGGGCCUCCCUCUGCAGGAGAUGAACCACCUUGAGGCCACAUUGCUGCGCAUGCUACACUUCAGGCUUCAUGUCAUGCCGUGGGAAUUUCACAAGUACUUUAGACUCGUUUUGGACUCCCCUUUUGCCACGAGGCGACCGCGGGCUAUCUGCUGGAACGGCAACCAGCCAGCGCCGCCAGUUGCUUCCGGUGGCGGAUCCAACAGCAGUGGCAGCAGCAGCAACAGCAACGCCCUAGAAGGGUUGGCUUGUGGCAGCAGCAGCAGGGGUAGCAGCAGUGGCAAAGCACCGCAGCAGCAGUGCGGGAACACUUGCUGCUCGCCGUCCUCUUCUGGAUCGACUGGGUGUUUUUCGGGUAGUUCCCAAUCAAUUUCACCGCCUUCCACGCCGGAAGCCUCCGCUGCCACGAAAUCGCCGUUGCAGCAGCAGGAGCUAGCCAAUAACAGCAGGAGCUGGUGCUCGCCCGAACAACUCGUCAAGCGUGCAGCGGACGACGCGCAUACCGUCUCCGAAAAGCAUAUGCACCAAGGAGAACGGCGGAGCUGCACUGGGAAGGAGCAUUGGGGUUCCUUUUCGGGACGAGCCACGGACUGUGGUGUUAAGGAGGCCCCACAGCGUGCAUCAGUGUGA